AAAUGACAACCUCUAAAAGGACAUGCGCGGCAUCUCUCGCUACUUAUUUUUUCUUUGAGCACACGUAUAACUUUAUUUGAACUGAGCAGUAACAAUUUUAAAGGAAGAGAAGACAUUUCGCAGAAACGACAUAGCAAUGAAUAACUUAAAUGACCCCCCACAGUGGAAUAUUGACCCAAAUGAAGAUGGAAGGGAAGGAAGUAAAUGGAAUUAUGCUCUCUUGGUUCCCAUGCUUGGACUGGCUGCUUUUCGUUGGAUCUGGUCAAAGGAAUCCAAGAAUGAAAUUUCAAAAGCAAAAUCAGAGUGCAGCAUGAAACUGGAAAGUGCUCAAAAAGACCUUGAAGCAAAAUAUCGAGAUACUAUCGCAGAAAGCCGUCAUAUAAUCGCUCACUUGGAAAUCGAGCUAGAGAAGGAGAAAAAUCGAACUCUCAGCUAUCGUAGAGCCAUUAUUUCCCAGGGGCAGAAACUUGUGGAGGAAAGAAAACUAUUUGAACAAGAGAGAGAGGCACAUAGUCUGGAGAAACAAGCUGUACAAGAAUCUGGUGCAGCAGGAGCUUUAUACAGGAGCUACACCUUGAAAGAGGAAGAAUGGCAAAAAAAGGCCACUAGUCUGCUGAAGGAAUUUGAGGAGUCACUCAAGAAGAGGCAGAAUAUAUUUUGUAGCCUGGUAGUACCGAGAAAGGAACGCUUAGAAAUAGAAAAGAAUAUGUUAAUAAGAGCUGUUACUGACCCAGUUGCAGCUGAAUUAGACAUGGAAGUGGGAUUGGUCGACAUAUUUAAACAUGAUACUCACUGUGCUUCCUUUACAAACACCAAUAAGCGUAGAAAUGGUAGGCUAAUGUGGCUUUACCUCAAGUAUUGGGAGCUUGCAAUAGAUCGUAAUAAGUUCAAGAAAGUUGAAAAAGCCAUUAUAGGAGAAACAAAGCGUUCAUCCUAGUUUUACAUAUUUUAUAUUUUUAGAGAGAUACAUUUGGGAAUGGAAAAGUAUUACAUUUGAGAUAAGGAACAAUGAAUUUAAAGACUUUUUAUUGUGUCUGGACAUUAACAGAUGAAAAAUCCAUAAAUGGCUAUUAAAAAUGAUCUGUUCACCAACA